AUGUCUUCCCCGUCUGAGUCUUCAUGCUCUUCCCUUGACUCUUACAUUGCUCAGGUCAAGGGCGGGCUCCCGUUUCUCUUCCUGGGGAUUUUCAUGGCCGCUAUAAUGGUUAUGAUGUCUAUCAUGUUGUUUAUAUUCUCGGCGCCCAGCUCUCGCAAACGACCCAUUUUUAUUCUGAACGUUUUCUCUUUAUGUUUUGGUCUUGUGGAUGCAGUAGGGAACAUAUACGGCCAGAUCCACACAAUGCUGUCGCCUAACACUCCUCAAUCAACGGCAGAACUUCUGCUUUUUGUUUCCAGCUUUCAAUUUGCCCCUAUGAUAGCAGAGCUAGCCCUUAUCAUACGACUAUUCGCCGUGCUUCCGCGUGUUACUACUGCGAGAAGAACGUAUGCAAUUGUCAUCGGAAUACCAGUCCUGAUGAAGGUGGGACGCUUGGUCAACUUCAUACUCUUCCUGGUUCUCGCAGCCCAAAGGUCCGCUGUACAGUCUGAUGGGCAAGCGGAUGCUCAAGGAAAGAUUCUCCAAAUAUUUGGUGGCGGAAACUUUACUGCCGAGCUGAUCCUCCACCUCGUCGACAAUACGAUGAUAAAACACGAUUCUCGCAUGUCAUCCACCGCUAUUAUUCGCUCAGGCAUGUUUUUAAGCCUCAUCUAUAAUCAAAUGCUCAAAUCACAUGCAGGCAGCUGGACUACCAGAGUUCGAGGCCUAUUGCUCAUUUCGCUCACGAACUUCUUGCUUCCAGUCCUCAUGGAUAGUUCUAUCCUUCUGGUGUGGUUCAUUGCCGGCGCUAAUGAAGCUUUCGUCUCAAUCGCUUCGCUCUUCAUGGCCAACGGAUAUGUCAUCAUUGUCAGCGUUGUUUUUGCAACCAUAUGGACGAUGGGUUACCGGUUCAAAGAGGACCAUCGUAGCCAAGAAAUUGUUUUAUCCACACUCCGUGGGGAACCAGGUCAAAGAAGUGGUUCUCACAUAAUUUCAUACGAUUCACCACAGGCGCCCAUGGGUGACGACUGCCAUGCCAUACCAAUAACCCGUAUCAUUAAAAUUCUGGACGAAUUUUUGAUCGUACCUACUUUUGCCCCGUUUGUCCUAGGCAAGUCCAAGGCUUUCGUGCGCCCUGGGAGGCGCAACGCCACUGGUCAAGAAUAA